AUAUAAUAUAUUUAUAAUUUUCAAUAUAUUUAUCGUAUAUUGAUAUGAUUUGAUAACUCCCCGGUUACACGCGAUAAAUACGAUCCAGUUGCAUUAGAGGCAUAGAGUUCGUUAGUUUAUCUAAAGGUGAGACUUUGACUCGUGGGAAAAUGGACGAGCAAUACCUGAAGGAACAGCUGAACAUAGGGAAGCUUAUCAAGGAACGGGUCAGCGAUUCCUUGAGGAACGUGGAUGUGUUGAAUGUGCUGAAGAAAAUGGUGGAGUCAGCACCAGAGAGCGAAGAGACAGAGGAAAUAAGACAGCAAUUGGACGGAAUUCUGACACAAUACAACUCAUUGCCGGAGGAACAGAAGGUGCAAUUCGCUCGUCAAGUGAAAGAGGCGCUCACCAACAAACUGGCGAAGAAGCUGGAGGAGGCGCCGUUAGAUUUCAGUGAAGUGGAAACAUUCUUGCGAGACGCCGUCAGGACACAAAUAUACUUGUACUCAGCAGCGGCUGUCGUAUUUGUGAUAAUUGUCGUAUUCUUCGGCUACAAGCUGUACAAGUCUAUAAAAGAAAAAGAAAAAAAGAAAGAGGAGAAGAAGAAAUUGAAACAAAUGAAAAAAAAGAAGUAAACAAAUGGCCGUUAAACUUUGCGCGGGAAAAUGACGACAGGUUAAAAAACAUGACGCGUCUAUUCCAUUAUUCACAUGACGUUCUGUUAAUUUAUUAAAAUUCGGGCAUUAAUUGAUGUCAACGACUGAUUUUAUAUAAAAAUAUAAUUUAUAUAUAUUAAUUUAUUCAUUAUUUUCGUUUCAUCGUUUAAAAUAUUCAUUAAAUAUUUAAAUUCAGUUUUAAUUUCAGAAAGAGUUUAUAUAAAAUAUAAUGUUAUUUUUCUAUAUAAUUAAAUGUGAAAGAUAUAAUAUUAUGAACUAUAAUUAUUUUUCUAAUGCUGUUUGUUUGUUUGAAAGUUUCCGAUAUAGAUAUAUUUAAGAUGGUUAAUGUCUACUUUUAAAUAUAUUAUACUACAUAAAAUAUAUUUCAUGUGUAAAUAAGAGAAUUUAACAAAAAAAAAACAAGUUUCAAUCACUGAAAAAACUUAAUUUUAUUGUAGCCUUAGUACGAGUUUCAAAGUUACGAUACUGUGUAGUUUACACUACUAAACUGUCAGUAAACUGGUUCCAUAAAACUCGUGUCGAAGGAAACUAUACUAUUAGCCGUUUCCGAGUCUCGUCUCUUACUGCAUUUAGUACUGUCCUCUGGAUCUAUAACCUCACAUAAUUGUUGCCAAAACAUUUUUAAGUCAUCUAGUACAUUCCAUGUACACUGUUUUUAAAAUAUAUUUUUUGUUUUCAAUACUA